AUGUCUACAACAACCACAGUUGAGCCCACUCAAACGGUGGCUGCUCGAUUCGAGACCAAGGAUCUGGUUGAGUUCGACCCCAACACCGUUUACGGCGAUUGGCGAGACGAAUUCCACAAGAAUGGUUGCGUUCUUAUCAAGAAUGUUAUCAGCCCUGAAAAAGCCCAGUACUACUGCGAUAAGCAGAUUGAGUGGUUGAAAAAGUUCGACCUUGGCUUUGAUGAACAUGACGAAAGCACCUGGACAGCUGAGCACCUCCCUGUCAGUUUCAAGGGUAGUAUGUACUACGGAUACGGUGCUACCCAUGAGAAGAUGGCCUGGGAGGCGCGAACCGAGCCCAAGGUGGUUGAGGUCUUCGAGAAGCUCUGGGGCACAAACGAACUUCUCUGCUCCUUUGACGGCCUCAACGUCUCCAUGCCGAACCGAAAGGACAUCGGUUGGAGCCCCUGGCCUCACUGCGAUCAAAAUCCUGAGAGAAAAGGAAUGCAGGCAGUUCAAGGACUCAUUAACUUCGCCCCUAAUGGCCCGAAUGACGGCGGAUUAAUGCUCAUGAAGGGCUCAUCCAAGCUGUUCAACGAGUUCUUCGCUCACAAGCGCGAAUCCGCAGACCACGAGGACGCCCCACCUCCUGAGAUCAAGUACAUGGACUUGUUCAUUUUCAGUGAGAAGGACGUCAAGUGGUUUGAGGAAAGAGGCUGUGAGAUGUACAAGGUCAACAUGGACCCUGGUGAUCUUGUACUUUGGGAUUCGAGAACGAUCCACUAUGCGCGCUUCCCCGAGGGCAACCAGAUCCGCCACGUCCAGUACGUCUGCAUGACACCACGGAAGUUUGCCACCGAAGAGGCCCUCAAGGCCAAGGCUUACUGCUUUGAGACAUACACCGGCACUACUCACUGGCCUCACUGCAACAUCCGUAUCGCACAGGAGAAGCCAAUGAGAAAUGGAGAGAUCUGCCCCAAGUACCGCACAGAACCUUUUGAGAAGCCUGAGGUGACGGAUCAGAUCUUGAGGCUGGCUGGUGUCAAGUCUUACGACGAGUAA